GCCUCUCGCUUUCUCCUUCCCCGAGGAGAGGAGAAGAACAAGGAGGAGAAGGAGAAGGAGCAGCGAACCAACCAAACCAACUACCGGCCGGCCGGCAGCCGGCGGAAACCACGCGGGUAAUACCCCAUCCAUCCAGCAGCGACGAGAAGGAAGAGCGCAGGAAGGAACGAGAGGGAGGUGCGGCGCGGCGGCGCCACCAUUUCGUUCGCGCGUGUGCCCUUGCUCGCUCCCCUUCUGAGUCGCGGCGGCGGGCGGGGCGUGUGGCCUGGUUGACGUUUCUGGGGGUUGGUUUGCUAGCUGACUCCGAUCGAUCCGACUCCUUGCUCGCCGUGGCGGCCGGCGGCCAGUCGGGAUGGGGGCGUCGGACAACACCAAGGGGCUGGCGCUGGCGGUGGCGUCCAGCGCCUUCAUCGGCGCCAGCUUCAUCCUCAAGAAGAUCGGCCUCAUGCGCGCCGGCAAGUGCGGCGUCCGCGCAGGUGGUGGAGGUUACACCUAUCUUUUGGAGCCUCUCUGGUGGGCUGGUUUAAUCACAAUGCUGCUUGGGGAGGUCGCCAACUUUGUUGCUUACGUUUUUGCACCAGCUGUACUUGUGACUCCUCUUGGAGCACUAAGCAUAAUCGUGAGUUCAGUGUUAGCACACUUUGUGCUGAAGGAGCGGCUUGACAAGCUUGGGAUUCUUGGUUGUAUAUCGUGCAUAGUAGGCUCAGUUGUUGUUGUUAUACAUGCUCCUCAUGAGCACAUGCCUAAUUCUGUAGAAGAAAUCUGGGACCUAGCUACUCAACCUGGAUUUCUAACCUAUGCAGUAACGACAUUGAUAAUCUUGGUGGUGUUAGUAGUGUUCUUUGAACGUCGAUAUGGUCAGAAGAAUAUCCUGAUAUAUCUGGGUAUCUGUUCUUCAAUGGGAUCACUAACAGUCGUUAGCAUCAAAGCCGUUGGUGUCGCCAUAAAGCUUACACUGGAUGGAAUGAAUCAACUUACUUAUCCACACACAUGGCUUUUUAUUAUGGUCGCAGUUAUCUGUGGGAUUUCUCAGCUAAAUUACCUCAACAAGGCACUGGAUUGCUUUGAGUUAGCUAUUGUCUCUCCGGUUUAUUAUGUAAUGUUCACCACCCUUACAAUAGUGGCGAGUGGAAUUAUGUUCAAGGAUGGCGAUGGUCAAAGCUUAAGCAGUAUUGCUUCUGAAUGUUGCGGCUUAAUAACAAUCCUUUCUGGAACAAUUUUGUUGCACGUAGCAAAGGAGAAAGAAUCUGCCAGUUCUGCAGUAUCAGCUUGGCCAUUGGAUGGAGGAAUAUCUUGGUAUAUCAGUGUAGGCAGCGAUAAUCUACUGAGGAAUGUCGAAGACGACUACUUUGCAGCUCCGCGGAAUUCGCCUGCCACACCUUGAUCGUACAUACGGGGAUUAAUUCCUCUACUUUCACCAUAGAAGAAAUCUGUAGACAUUUGUAAAAAAAUCAAACAUGUGCAUUGCAACGGAGUCCUGGCAAUGCCAACACUGUGGCAAUUUUGUUUGAGAAGAUGGAGAUUUUGUCGGCCAUUCUUUCGAUGUAGAUAGGAACUUGUAGAUUUCCAGAACCAUUUGACACUAGGAACCAGAUAGUCAUUGCUACCCAAUUCCAAACUGUAACUUGGAUUUUGGCGACCAUUGAGCACAUGAAUGUUGUGUGCAUCGUGUAAAAUUUCCUCCUUUGAUUCUCCAGAGUAAUUGAGACAUCAAUGUAUGGUUUCAUUCUGAAUGUUGCAUGAUAGUAUU